UAAAACUGGAUAGUAGCUAAACCGACCUGCGAUGGCGUCAAACGUAAUGAUAAGUGUGACAUUUCUAUUGAUGACGGUUCUCACUGCUGACUGCACGCCAUCUCCUCCACUGAAUGCUGCAGGCAACUUUGUUCAGUGUUUUGCUUCCACUGAUUGUUCUGGUAGUCCGUCAUCUAUCACUGCCACUGCCAAACAGUGUUUUAUUGGUAGUGAUGAUUCCUUGUCU